CCAUAAUUUAACAACUGCGAUUUCGGCCUGGUCACUGAUUCAGACGAUAGACUUUUCGAAUAUGGUCUGUGGCGGAUUCACCUGCUCCAAAAAUGCGCUUUGUUCCCUGAAUGUGGUUUACAUGCUGGUCGGGCUGCUGCUGAUUGGAGUAGCAGCAUGGGGGAAGGGGUUCGGCCUGGUGUCUACUAUCCACAUCAUUGGCGGGGUCAUCGCGGUAGGCGUCUUCCUACUUCUCAUUGCGAUUGUGGGGCUCAUUGGGGCCAUCCACCACCACCAAGUUAUGCUCUUCUUUUAUAUGGUCAUUCUUUUCAUUGUUUUCCUCUUUCAAUUUGGGGUUUCCUGUUCUUGUCUGGCAAUGAAUCGCGGGCAGCAGGAGGCGCUGCUAAACUCUACUUGGGGAAUGAUGAACAACACGACCAAAGCAGAUCUGGAGACCCAGCUGGACUGCUGUGGAUUGCUCAACACCACUGUUAGUCGAGCACAGUUUGACCAGGAUGUGCUGAGCUGCCGAGCUCCAUGCAAAAAGACCGGUGCCUGUCUCACCUGUGGGGACAAGAUGUUGUAUCACGCCACAGAGGCUCUCAAGAUCCUUGGAGGGGUUGGACUCUUCUUCAGCUUCACAGAAAUUCUUGGUGUCUGGCUGGCUGUGCGCUACAGGAACCAGCAGGAUCCCAGGGCAAAUCCAAGUGCUUUCCUAUAGUUGCACCCUCGCACACAAUGCAAUAUCAUUGAUGCAGUUGCAGACACACUGGUACACAUAGAAUCAUGCACAUCUAGAAGCAGACAUUCAGGCUAACAGUACAGAGUGACACAAACAACUAUCCUAUAGAACAGACAAAUGCACACAGCACCCGGUAAGCACUGAGAACCUCACACUUCCACAUGGGACUGAAGCGCAUUUUAAGAAACACAGCAAACUUUGUCGUUCCACAGCUCUUGUCAUUAAGUUCACGAUUAUUGAAGAACCCAGGCUGGUGGAUCUGGAUGCUUAUGAAUGAAAGGAGAAAGUGUUUUACCAACUUGUUGGUAUCACGUUGCAGCCUUGAUUUGAGUACCAGGUUCCUGAUUAUGGCUCUGUAGAUUCCAACCGUGCAACAAACAAUUGACCUCUCUUCUGCAUGUCCUACUGCUGCACAGACACACCGUCUGUUGUUGAUUCCAUUCUGCACUCUGAAUGAAUGUGCAGCACCCUAAAACAAACUUGGAUGCACCUUCCUCCAAAAUCGUCCCUCUGUUUUUUAUGUAGUGCUAACACCUACGACAAAUAUGGUCCUUUUUAUCAGUGCGUACAGUGGCAUGUAGAACUACGUAUCCAUAAAUGUCAAAUGUGAUGAGACGUUAUUUCAUCUCAAAGUUGGCUCACAUAUAGGAAAAAGGAAGGUAUGCAUUGGAUGUGUGGGGUGAAGUAGUUUUUUUUUUUUAACACUUAGGUUUUCUUUGUGUCUUUGCAAAUGAGGUAAGGCCAUAAAUUCUGAGAUUGUUGGAGUUCAGGAACUAACAAUAGGUUUUAGAUCAUGCAGUUGUUGGUCAAUAAUCAGGUUUAAAUAUUUAUUAACCUCUGUAACUGAGCCAACUAACUUGAACAGUCACAGAUAUUAAGAUGCCAAUGGACUGCAGCCUUCACGUUGUACAUAAUCCUCAAAUAGUUCACAAAGUCGUGAGGCCGGUUUGCUCUGUAGUUCCCCCUUCCAAUAUGAUUUUGCCUGCAUUAGCCUGUUUUUAGAAGACCACCCAUUCUAUAUUUAAUGCUCCUUUGUAUUGCACAGUGAUGUUGAGUAGUGUAGAAACAAGGGUUCAGGUACAAUUCAUAACCUGCUAUGUAAUUGGAUGAAAUGGCAAUGAAAGAAAUUUUAGUUGGGUGUUUCUGAAAUGAAUUAACUGGGUAAAACUGGUGGAAACUGCCUAUUGCAAACCCAAUGUUUUGUCUCUUUUUAUAGUGUUAAUUGUAUAAACAUAUACUGUUCAUCUUAUUCUGGUGGAUAAUAUUGGCUGCAAUCUUUUUUAUUAAUUGUAAAAUGUUUUUGGUGUGAUUAUGUUGGAAUUGUUAUAUUCUUCUUUUUUUUGUCCAGCAGUGUUAAAUGUGUGUGUAAAAACUUGUUUUAUGCAUUUUAAGACUAUUUAAAGGUAGAACGAGUAGGUUUUGUUGGUUGUGGUUUGUAAAGCUAAUAUUCAGAGUCCCCCCCCCCCCCCCGCUCAACAACACCAGAAAUGUGUGACCCCUGACCACAGUAGCCAGAACACAUCCCAAUGUACAACAGGCCCAGCUCCACGUCGCUCUUCAUUCCCAUCCUCUCCUUCGAUGCUCACCAGUGAAUGAAAGCCAACUCCAGAUUCACUCCCAUUGUGGAAUGAGCUUUGUCCACUUGGUGUUUCACCUCACUAUAUUUGCGUUUUUUUUUGGCUCUGUGUCCGCCAUUGUCAUAGCGCCCUCGUGGAUGUGUGCUUACAAUCUUGGUGUGGCACAUGGUCGCCAGGGUCGGCACCAGAGCAUAAGGAACAGACGGGCAAUCAACUUUGACCGGGGGGGGGGCAUUUUUUGUUCACCUCACUUAGCUUUUAUAAAGUGUAUAAUUGAUAUGUUUCAUGAAAGAAAAAUUAUGAUAGAGAGGUGUGCAUACCUACUGUCACUUACACACAACGGUGGGCACGCACCACGUCCAUAAAACCAGAGGUUAUAAGCUAAGAUGCACAGGGGGAAAUCCAUUAACUAUUUUGCAUUUAAUACAGUAUUGCACGAGGCAAUUCUACAUAAUGAAUAAACCUAUACAUUGGGCCACCACCUUCACAGGUUACACAACAAAUUAAAGGAUAAACAUCCUUUAGGCCACAUCAACAACUGGUAUACAUACCUAUACAACCAUAUGCGCGCUCAUCCAGACGUAGCCACAGUUACUUACACAAGUGCAAGCAAUACCACUCUUAAACAGCAGAGUGUACAAAGCAGGGGAGACAUUUUCCCAAGGUGCAUAAGUGGAUUUACGAACUUGCCACUAGAACAGCUGGUGUUGCCGACUGAGUGCAGAAUCUCCUCUCAACACAACUUCUUUCCAUUCGUUUCGCAUUUUUCGAGUGAGAUCAUGCUCAAAAGCUAGCUGCACAAGCUGACUCUUGCGACUCUGCAGCAUUGCAUGUCUGUGAUUGGUUAAAAUGUUAUUUAAUGUAGAGAAUGAGUUUUCAGGAAUCGGGAACAUCCUGUCAGACCACCCUUAGUGUUUCCUUUUCGGGUGCAGCUCCGGGCAGGGCUGUGGCCCUUGGGCCCACCGGACGCAGCAGACCAGGCUCCCUUAGUCAAUCCAAUGAUAGCUCUCCCAGCCAGACAGGCACCUUUAACACACCUCCCCGCACUCCACAUGAUAACACUAAAAACACAGUCAAUGCUAGGCGAGGCUGCCACCCUAGGUGUUAUGACAGCCGCCGGUCUGCAUGGCCUGGCCCCUCAAGGCCCGCUCAUAACACUGACACUGCUGGUUGCUACGUUUUGAUAAGAGUCCCGCUGCCCAAAAGUUAAUACCCAGAAACAGCCCAUACACAGCAAAAUAAGAAAAUACAGGCAGAGGACAGGGUCUCUGCAGAUACAGACACCCCACCACGCAUGUCUAGUGGAGAAACGAUGAUUGAGAAGGAUUAUUUUUGUAUAAGUCUAUAUACAUUGAUUUUUAGGAAAAUCCUACUCGUUCUACCUUUAAGCGCUCAUAACACAACGGGCAAAAAUUAUGUUUUAAUUUGACACUUGACCAGGUAUUUGACUGUUUUAAUAAUACCCCCCCAGGGGAAAAAACUGCUCGCUUAUUGCAUCUAUUCUUUUAGCAUUUCUUCAAUUCUUUUUAAAAAAAAAAUUUUAAUUUAAGGACUUACAAUAAUUGUAAGUACGCCGUUUUACUUGAACCCUGAUUGUGCUGAUAUUGAUUUCCUGCUGCUGGUGUGGGGUGAUAGCUGGUGUAAAUAAGCAGUUUUACUUUUACACAUUAUGGCGCCAUAUGUACACCUCACUUUGAAUUUGUGUGCACUUGUUAUUCAAACCACCCUCUUGAACUUUUCAGACCUGAUUUUACAAAUAAAAAUGUCUCAAAA